AUGAAGUUCGUUAUAUUAGCUUUACUUGCUUUGGCAUCUGGUCUUCAUGCCAAGGAAUUGAAUCUCAAGGACUUAGGAUUUGUCCUUUUUGGAAAGCAUGGUGAUGGCACUAAAGUCACUCCAGCGGCUGGUUCAUGUCCACUCGGAGUUCUUCCCGAUACUGUAUUCCUUCACAAGACCUUUAAGAAGGGUGACCACUUCUUCACAUGGGUUAGACCAGUACAUGGUAAGGUUCAUAAACUGGUAUGUGGAUCCGUUGCUGUUUGGGAGGCUGCUGCUGGUGAAGUACUUCUCGACUUGCACUUUGUAGGUAACAAGGAUUCAGAGAAGUUCCUCCACUUGGAACUUUUCCACCCAGCUGUAGGUUCACACCAUGUAUUCCUUAAAUUCGCUGGCGGUGCUACUCCUGGUGCUGGUGUUGUUCUUGGUAUGGCAGCCUUUGUAGUCGGUGUUCAUGGAUUAGUUAAAGAUCUUCCUAAACUUGAAGGGCUUCCUGCUCAUGCAUUUGUACAUGCUUUGGCUGCACAUGCUGCUCAUCUUGCCCAUCAUGGUGCUCAUGCUGCACUCAAGGCCGAUGGUGGUCUUGUCCUGAUAUUCCUGCUGCUGUUUGUAUUCAUAGGCACCGCUACAAAUUGGCUACUUGUGUUGGUAGUGGAGUUAACGGAUAAAACUCUGUCACACAGUUUGAUUAUUUCCAGCAAACCCUCCAAAAAUUACAAUUCAAAGAAUAGUUUGAAGGGAAUGGAUAAUCAGGCUGAGUUGAACCCAGUUGAGUUAAUGAACGUUAUUGAGGAACUGAGGAAAGAAAUCCAAAAGUUGAAGGAAGUAUCGUACAAGAAUUCACUGGCUAUAAACGGAUUAUCCAAAAGUGAGUACAAGUUACAGGGUGUUGGCGAGAACCUGGAAUCAGCAAAGCAUAGCAAGUUCGGAAAGGGCUCAGCUGUAGUUAACCUAAACUCUAACGGGAACAGACAAGAUAUGAAAUUUGCUAAAAUAAGAGAUGAAGAUUCAGAAUUUGUGCCCGGGAUUAUAGAAUAUAAAGUAAACAUAUCACAACAAUCUUGA